GCACUUCCUGUUCAUUUUGGGAUUUUGUGUGCGCCAAAUGUGGCUUGAAAUAUCAACCAGAAAGUGAAGUUUUGUUAUUGUCUGUGAGUGUUAAGUUUUGUGAUGGCUUUAAUGCCUCUAAAAAGAAUGCCUGAAAUAGCUUGGAGUAUAACUAACACAACUUUUGGAAUAUGGCGGCAAAAUAGUUCUUUUUGCAUGUAUCAAGCUUCCGAAUUAUGUUUUGUUGAAAACACGGGACUACGACCUUUAGGUGUUGAAACUAGGAAAUGGAGAAAUAAACGACACUUUCCACGAUCGAAACAAUCAUUACCUUCACUUCGUUUCAUCUCCUCGUCAGCAGUCACUGACGCUGUUGUGCCUAAUGAGGUGACGGUGUACUAUAGUCGCGGCCUGCCUGUGAUAACGGUGCCUCUACCUUCAAGACGUGAGAAGUGCCGAUUUACUCUGAAGCCUGUGACUUCCAAAGUGUCUGAUUUUGUGCAAGAUCUGCAGAAAGAAGACAAAGGAAUAGACAGGGUCAUCGUUCAAAGUACAGAUGGAACGAGAAUCGCUUCAUCCACAAUUAUAUCUUCCCUCAUGAAUGAAGACUUUCAUCUCAUUAUCAACGACAUAGUUUAUUUAGUUCAACCGCCUUUACUUGAGAACUUACCUUCGGAGGAAACAGAGUGCUUAUCUACAGUGCGUGCUCGUGUUGCGCAACUAUAUGAAGCUUUAAAUGUAAAUGAGCAUCAAUUAGCAAUAGAAAAUAGGCUACUAGGGGAGCUAGAAAAACUGAAGGAAGAACUGACGCCACUAGAAAAGAAGCGAGAUGAAUUUCUGACGAAAGCUCAAAAACGUUCUACAGCACUGUCUUGGUUCGGUCUGGCUCUGAUGGGGGCACAGUUUGGAGUGCUGGCUCGUCUCACGUGGUGGGAGUAUUCGUGGGAUAUCAUGGAACCCGUCACCUAUUUUAUCACCUAUGGAACAACGAUAGCCAUGUAUGCCUAUUUUGUGCUCACCAGACAGGAGUACAUACUUCCGGACGUAUGUGAUCGCCAAACUCUAUUUGGUUUCCACAAAUCAGCCAAAAAAGGUGGAUGGGACGUAAAACGUUAUAACGCCCUCAAGGAUCAAAUCUACCACAUAGAAGACGAUUUGCGUAGGCUCAGGGACCCUCUAAAACUACAACUUCCAAUUAAAGAGCCUCGUAGAUAACCUUCAAUUUAAGUUUUCCUUCUUAAAAUAAAUAAGAGUGAAGUUUAGCAGUUAACUGCGAGUGCUGUUCUCCAAGGAGUUCCAUCGAAAGUGUUCUUUUCCUUUUUUUAAAUAAAAAAAUAUUUUUCUUCCAUUCAUCUCGACGGAGCACCCAUUAAAGAAAAGUAUAAAACACUCGGUGAUCAUCUAAUGAAGAUGGAGUUUACGUAAGAUCAAAGUAUGAACCCUUCUUUGUUACCCUAAGAAUUAGCACUUGAGAAAUCAUCUAUCAUUCAUUUAAGUAGCCAAUUCAAUUAAAAAAGAGUUUUCAAAAUAGUUGAGUGAAUUGUUUUGUGAUAGAAAUAAGGAGAUUUAUAAAUAUGGAAUUCGUUAUUUAUAUGCAAUGUGUGUGUAUUAUGUUAUAGGAUGUACAAUGAAGUACAGUAAAGUACUGUUUAUACGUUAAAAAAUUGUGCGUCUUUUUCGUUUAUACAUCGUUUUAUUGCCGUCGCAAUUCAUUCUUAAUCUAUCUCUUAUUAAAAUAAUCCGUUAAACAUUGGAAAAAAGCUCAAAUUUUUUUAUACGUCGUUUUUUGUUAUUUUAUACAUGUUUGGCCUGGAUUUUUUUUUAACUUUCGUCUUCCUGUAUAAAUUUGUGCACUCAAGAUAUGAGUUAAAACUAUAUUUUUUCCCCUUUUCUAACUGAUGAUUUGUUUUAAAAUUAUAAUUAUUAAUGCAAUGAAAUCUGUGUAAGUUGGACCACAGGUGGUGCAUUGCUUUAUUGGUCAGCUGUAGACAGGUAGUCAAGUUAUAGAAGGUUAUGAAUCCUUUUUCCAUACCAUGUCAUUCUUAAAUAUAUAUAAGAAAGCGUGUAAAGUUUAUGAGCAUCAAUAGUUUUACCAUAUGCUCAUGGUCAACUUACAAAGGGGUUAAGGUUAGCUUUCUAAAGCACUUUAUUUGUUCAGUGAAAUUCUAAUACAUAGUAUAGUAGCAUAAUAAAUUUCCUAAAAAUUAUUUUUUUUGUGGGCUAACUUAUGAAGGGUUUAGAGUAGCAUUCAAAAUCACUUCAAUACAAUUUUGACUGGAGGUCAACGUUAAGAGGUGGUCGACUUGACAGGUUUCACUGUAGCUCUAUUGUUUUAUGUAUCAAUUAUAAACACCAAAUUAUAAAUGUUAUUAAGCUACCAAAAUUAUUAUAUUUACGAUAAAUUUCGAUUAUUUUUUUACACUUUUCAGUUAAUCGUAUUUUCAUUUAUUAAUCGAUUUUUAUCUUUCACCUGAAAGACGUAUAAACGAUGCUUUGCUGUUUAAAGUUAUGGUUAAAUAAGUUAACAAUUAACGGAAAAUGGUGUUGUUUAUAACUGCUUCUGUUUGUCUAAAGAAAUAAGCUUUAUAUGAAUCAGGUAGGCAAGGUUUCUAAAAAACAUUUGAAUUGUAAGUUUUCAGUUUGUUAACUGGAUUUGAUAUAUUUUUAAUAAUAGCAAUGUAAUGAAGUAAAUUAGCUUAUUUUGUGCAUAUUUCUUUUUACAAGAACUCUGUUGAAGGUUUAAAUAAAUAAAAUCGAUAUAGUCUAUUUGUGCUAUAACGGCACGAAGUUUAUAAAUUCAUAUGGGGAAAAAACUUUUUCUUUUUCUUAAAAAAUUUCUUUUAGUGAUCAUAUAUAUUUUGCAUAAACAAAGUUGUUCCCUAUUAAAAAAAUCUAUUAAUUCUUCAGUGCUUAGCUAAUUCAUUUGCCUUACUUCGAAUAUUAGAGUAACUAACCCUUAGAAAAACCCUAUGUGGCCCUAAUUAAAAUAUUAGGGUAUUUUUUUAAACAAAUUCCCCUAAAAGUUUCUGUUUGAUGCAACCACAAAUUGAGUCUUCUUUUCAGAAAAUUUAACUUUUUUUCAGAAUCUAUGCAACUGUAUGGGUCAUAUUUUCUCAUGAUUCCUGCUCUUUUGUUUCUUUAAAGUUUAGGAAUACUUUAAUGUGAAAUACUUUACCUGUUGAGAUUCUUCGAAAAAAUUUCUCUCAGAGAAAAUGUUUUCACUCUUUGAAAAACUAAUUUUUUUUAUAUGCUGGAACGGAUUUUGGGUAAAGUGGAGUAAGGCACUGUGUCUUCAUUAUUGUGUUAGUAGUAGCAGAUAUACUCAAACACUUUUGAAGUUCUGCACACAGA